AUGGCGGAAUUAAUGAACACGCUCGAGGAGCUAAAGAGCCUGCCUGAAGAGCUUCACCUUCUGUGCCCUCGUAAAAAUGACAGUGAUAUGGAGCAGUACAACAAAUACACUGAAAAUGAUAACAAAGCCAAUGAGACCAGUGGUGCUCAGACGAACGCUGAUAUACUUGAGAGAAUAUCGGAGGCUGCCGCCCGUCGAGAGAAAUUCCUCUCGUGUAUACAACUACUUGCCUUCAGCGGCGAAGAGGUUGAAGCACACCAGCAAUGGAUAUGGAGGCGUCUCGAGGAGACAUUGGAGAGAUGUGAUAUUUGCAUCAAAGAAUACUACAAAGGGAAAAUAUGGCUAAUUGAAACUUUGGGUGAAAGCUACGAUGAGUCUGAGGUGGAAAAGUUCAGUAAAAUGCUGGAUGAUUGGGAUAUAGCCAGAGUUGGGAAGAACCUGGAUAAAGCUGCCAGUAUGCUCGCGAGUAUCCCCCCUGGGCAGCGUAAGAUAAGCAUACUCGAUCGAGCCUCUAUGCUCUCCAUUUUUGAAGCUCUAAGCUCUACACCCGUUCUAGGGAACGAUGCAUUUCUCCAUGAACAUUUUGACGAGCCGUUUAAGAUGGUACAAAGCUCACGCGCUCUAAAAAUCACAGAAUAUGUACCUGCCGCUACGCAGUUUCUUUUCGACAAAUACAAACAUAGAAAUGACUGGGCUGUGUUUACUUGGUCAAAGCUAGGCAGGCCACCGACGACUACGGAGUUUGACUGUGCAAUCAAGGAGCCUUUACUUGCAGCUUUACGUCGGGCGUCCAGCCCUCCAUUUGAUCCGGACUUUGUUGACUCGCUAUGGCGUGGAGUCACUAUCAUAAUUAAGGGAUUGAACAAGGACCAAAUCACCCAUAACCUUCGAGGACUUGAGCUCGACCCUUGCCGACUAUCUGUUGACCACCUGGCUAUUCAAGCUCCGGCUUUACGAUCGGUUAUCAACACGAUACAUGCUCUCCUGAAGAAAUCUCCAAACGACUUCUGGGAUGCCAUGCAAACUAUCUCACCACAAGCUAUUAUCGAACAGAUUUUUUACAAUCCACAGUAUGAAAGAUUUUUAAUGGCUACUGAAAAUGACGAGUCGUUGGCUGAGUCCCCCCUGAGGGAUAUGUUGUCAUGGAUAGAUCCGUUUAUCAUGUCUCUCAAGAAUACCCACCAGCCACAAGCAUGUCGGUUCCUAGUUCACCAGCUUCUCAACCGCCUCCAGGAGUCCCGAUUCCCUACCAUCGUCAGGUACCAUUGCUUCAGGAGUGGGCUUACGGUUCUUUACCGUACCUUGCGGAGCUUCACGGAUAAUGAGGAUUCAAGAGGUUCUGUGGCCACCAUCGUUCUAUCCGAAAUGAUGGAAGUUAUAAGUGACAAUAUCAAACAUUUCCUCAACCCUCCACAAUUUGAUGUCGACGGGAGUGAGGUAGAGAUUUCUACCCUUUGUAUGGAUGUGGUACGGAACACACUAGCAUUGGAAUGCCAGUCUCUCAAGUCGGACUAUGAAACCAUUCUCCGUGAAAAUACACUACAGCACGGCGUUAGCACAUAUACGGCACCUAUAUGGGACGCGGUAGUCCAGCACCUUGAUGAAAAGAAUUUAGCUCUCUCCUCUGCAGCGCUAAGGGGUAUCUUGCCUCUCGUAGGGCUUGAGAAAUUCCAGACAAAGGGGGAGAAUACGAAGGAAAAGACACAUUUUAAUGUCAUAUAUGGCCACCUUACUCAUCUCGCAUGCCAGAUCCUUGAGAGACUAUCCGAUUUUAGGCCUGAACAUCUUGAUGAACUAUUUAGGGCUCAGGAGACGAAUGGUUCUUUGACAUCUGCAUUAUUCUCUGCCGACUUAAAUACAUAUCAGGCCGCCGUGGAUCUGAUAAAAGCUGUCAGUGGUCAGCUGGGGCGCAAGGAAGCAAUCUCUCACCUACUACAGUCGUUUUGUGCCUCAACAAUGUUCGGUUUCAGCUGGUCUUUUCGACGGAUUUCCAACAUGAAAACAUUCGCAUCAGCUCCCAGAAUGCUUAAAACUGGCACAGAUAUCAUCGAGGUCCUAUGUGAUUCUCAAACCGGAAUACUAAGAACUCGGAAGCUCAACGACUCAAAAGAAGUAUACUUCUUGCAGAGGCUAUGGGAGUACCAGUGGUUGGCGCUCUCCACCAUCUUCAGUCAAACCGAAAAAUGGCAUAGAAUGGGUGUUGAUAGGUCAAUCAUGCUGGAGUUCUGUCGAGACACUAUCCAAUUUGCUGAGCUUCUCUUCGAUCAGUUUCCGAUCUUUGCUACUGCUGUUGGAGAGGCGGACCCGGCACAAGCUGCCUCCGCAAAGAGCAACCUCCUUCGAUACCCAACUACCACGAUGAAUGCCAUGGUAAAAUGGCUACGUCUAAAGGACGAGUACCUUGCGACUACACUGGUUGGGAUCGUUUCAAAGGUGCUUCGCCGCCUUGGGGAUUUGAAUGCAACGGUUCAGGAGGAGGCCUUGGAUGUUAUCAAAGAUGUUGCUUUGACUGCAAAAAUCAAGACAAUUUUGACGGACAGUGAAAAGGCUGAACUGGUGAGAUCUAUGGAGGCCUAUUAUAAGAAACCCCUGGUCACUCCUAUACCGGCUCCUCCUCCCAAAAAGAAACAAAGCUCGAUCACUUCCUUCGCUAGACCUGUGGACCCUUCAACCAUUGUUAAACCCGAAUCUAAACGGGUUAAGGAGGAGGAACAUGAAAGUGAUCUUGAUAUUCCGGACGACGUUUUAAUUGAGCUCUCUAGCUCUGUUGAAAUCAAUAAGGCUAGAAUAGCCGCUCAGAAGAAGCCUACUCCCCGACUUGGCGCACCUUCUAAACCUCUCCCACCAUUGGCCCCAUUAGCAAAACCGGCUCACAAUGUCCUGUCAUUCCGUGAAAAGCGUGAGAGGGAAAAGGAGGCCAAAAAGAAACGCGACAUGAUAGAGCUGGCCAAGGUGAAGAAGCACUUACCUUUACGUGGUAUGAGUGAGCAGACAGCGUCACAAGGUUCCGGUCUAAGCGGCCUUAAUAUCGGAGUCGUUGAGCAUAAACCAGCGGACAGUAUGAUGGUUUCUUCAGAUUCGGACUCGGACUCUGACAGUGAUGAUAACGGAGAUGAAGAUAUGGCUGGAAAGCGGGUAUCUUUAAAACCAGAGGCUGUGAGAGCGUAUGAAGAAAGCCGAAAGAAACUCCUACAGCGAGUGCCUGUCAAGAAAACAAAGAUUAUUCGUUCUGCUAAGGAUAUGCGGGCACGGCUUGCUCCGGAUCUUUCUUCUCUUCAUAAGACGUUAUUAAGCUGGGAUUUCUUUGCAGCAAGCGUUCUACCUCCCAACUGUGGUCGAACUGACUACACGCUGGUUUCCAAUACUUUCGCCAACGCAUUAGAGUAUCAAAAAACUUUCGAGCCAUUGUUGAUCCUUGAAGCCUGGCAAGGGUUCCAAACUGCUAGGGAGGAUGCAACUUUUAAAGAGUUUGAAAUCAAAGUUGCGAACCGCCUUUCAGUCGACUCAUUUGUGGAGGUUAGCACAAUCAUGGAACCUCAACAGGUCAAAGACCUAGGCCUGGGAGAAGCCGAUUUGGUUCUGCUAUCCCGCUCAAACAAACCCGCUAUUGAUUCAAGUGCACCUCAUUGUCUCGGGAGAAUAUCUGGAAUCAAGAAGAAGAAAGGAAUAGUGGAGGUAUCCUAUCGCAUUAAUCCCAGUGGCCCAAUGGCUAGUGGAAUUGGACCCGGGGGUGGGCUGUUUGGUGUAAAGAUCACAUCCCUUACACCCCUUGAACGAGAAUACGGUGCAUUGAUGGCUCUUCAAUAUUACGACUUGAGCGAGGAGAUUAUAAAAGCAAAGCCAUCUCCUAUACUGAACUAUGGUCCUGAAAGCUUGAAAUCUAUCCUGGCCACUUAUGACCUCAAUCUUGCACAAGCAAAGGCCAUCAAAUCGGCCGUGGAUAAUGAUGCUUUUACCUUAAUUCAGGGGCCCCCUGGUUCUGGAAAGACCAAAACCAUAGUUGCAAUUGUUGGAGCAAUUCUAACGCCCAUCUUAGCAGAGAGAAGAGUAUCUCAGCCAAAAAUAUCCACUGACUCAGUACAGGCAAACAAGUCAGCUACAUCUAAGAAACUUCUAGUCUGCGCACCUAGCAACGCGGCUGUUGAUGAGCUAGUGAUGAGGUUUAAGGAGGGAGUGAAGACCCUCAAUGGGAAGACACAGCCGAUUUCCGUCAUUCGGUUAGGCCGAAGCGAUGCCAUUAACGCGAAUGUGCUAGACGUUACAUUAGACGAACUGGUCAACGCCAAAUUGAGCCAGAAUGGCCCAGCGAAAAAUGGAGAGGAGCGCGAUUUACAAAGCUAUUUCAACGAACACAAGGAGACGUCUACCAAAUUCACAGAGAUACGACAAAGGAUUGAUCAAUGCAGGGCGAGAGCGGAACCCGUUCCUACCGAACUUGAACGAGAAUUCGACCUUCUAAAACGAAAGAAAGCUCAGCUAAGUCAAGCCAUUGACAAUGCUAGAGACAAAAACCAUUCUGCAGCACGAAAUGCUGAGUUGACGCGAAGACGAAUACAACAGGAAAUCAUCGACGGAGCCCAUGUUAUCUGCUCCACCCUUAGCGGCAGUGGUCACGAAAUGUUCCAAAGCUUGAGCAUUGAAUUUGAGACGGUUGUCAUAGACGAAGCUGCCCAGUCUAUUGAAUUGAGCGCUCUCAUUCCUCUCAAGUACGGCUGCUCUAAGUGUGUUCUUGUUGGAGAUCCCAAACAGUUACCUCCAACAGUGUUAUCGAAGGAGGCCUCUCGAUUCCAGUACGAGCAAAGUUUGUUCGUUCGAAUGCAAGCAAACCAUCCAAACGAUGUCCAUCUUCUGGACACUCAGUACAGGAUGCAUCCAGAGAUUAGCAAAUUCCCAAGCCAAGCAUUUUAUGACGGGAAACUACAAGAUGGUCCUGGAAUGGCUCCGCUGCGGAAAAAGCCAUGGCACGGAAGCGAGCUUCUCGGGCCAUACCGAUUUUUUGAUGUCCAGGGAAUGCAUUCUAGUGCUGCCAAAGGCCAUUCUUUAGUAAACAUUGCAGAACUUACGGUAGCAAUGCGCCUCUACGAACGGCUCCUAGCGGAUUACAGGAACUACGAUUUUGCAGGGAAGAUUGGCAUAAUUACACCUUACAAAGGCCAGUUGAGAGAGCUUAAGUCUCGGUUUGCUGCGAAAUAUGGCAGCUCAAUAUUUACUGCUGUUGAGUUUAAUACCACAGAUGCAUUUCAAGGAAGAGAGUGUGAGGUUAUCAUAUUCUCCUGUGUUCGGGCGUCUGAUCGAGGAAUAGGGUUUUUGUCCGAUAUUCGUCGAAUGAACGUUGGACUGACACGAGCGAAGUCAUCGCUUUGGGUGCUUGGAAACUCUCAAUCUCUAGUCCGAGGUGAAUUUUGGAGAGCUUUGAUCCACGAUGCCCGAGAUCGUCAGCUUUAUACCGAAGGAGACAUCCUAAAGAUCCUGCAGAAGCCUCAGAUUAGCCUGGAUAUGGAAAUGAAUAACGUGGAAAUGGUGGAUGCUCCUGCAGAAUCCGGCGUUAUCUCAACUCCUUCGUCGAGACCAGGUUCAUCCAUAGCUGGAGGCAGCAACUCAAGACCACCAUCCAGAAUAUCAAAUCCCCAGUCAGCAGCCGAAUCUUUGCUGAGCGAGCCGCCCCUGGGAAGUGCAGCAGGCACGCCUGUUGCAUACCCUCCGGAUGGCCCUUCAGGGGGAAAAUCUGGGCUAAAUGAAUUGGCUAUGUGCGGAUAUUGCGGAAGCCAUCAACAUAUGACGCACAACUGUGAUAACAUAGAUGCCAAAAUAGCCUGUCAGGGAACUUGCCGGCGAUGCGGAGACGAGACGCAUUCGAUACGGGAUUGCAAGACCGAGCGCUGCAUUCAAUGCGGAGAAAUUGGCCAUCUUGCAAAAGGCUGCAAAUCCUCAACGGUACUACCCAAAUGGGAGAAAAAUAAGAUCGUCAAAGAGGAGACCCAUCACAAGAAUAUGCAGCAAGCGAGAGUAGAAAGGCAAAAAAAGAAGGCUAUUGCUGCUCACGAUCCAAAAGUACCCCUUAUACAGGUUCCUGGAAAGAAACCUUCAGCUGAGAACACAACGCCUCAACGCAGCAACGGCCCUGGAAAAAGGAAGCGAUCUGAUUUGAGUAAUCCCCAAGCUUCGGGUGACCCAAAAAUGAUGCGACUUGAUCAGAGCACUGCAUCGUCGACUCCUCCGAAAGAACCUAAAGUGAAGAGGCAAGAAGACAGUUCCUCUGCAGCAGCACUGGCACCUACUGCCAAUCUGCCAAAAGUCCCGAGAGGACGAAAACCGGAUCCCCACAGCGUUGCGCCGCCCCCAAGUGACCUUGUAAUACCAUCGCGAGAUAGCCGCGAGAGUCGCCCAAUUGCUACCGAACCACCCCCUCCGACGGCCAAUAAGGCUGGCGACUCAAGCAGCGGCCCUCCUAUGCGGCCAAAAGGCGACAGACGGCCUCCUCCGCCUCCAAUGCGCAAAAAGAAGCCUGCAGAUGUCUUUAUUCGUCCAAAACGCAGGUAA